GGGCCGCGCGCCGGGCCGGUUGGCGACAGGUGGCAGUGGCUUCUUGAAGAAAUCUGCGAAGAACAAAAAGGUUAAAGUGGCGUCAGUAGAGCCGGCGUUUGCACCAGAGCAGCCCCCAGACGAGUCAGGACAAAGACGUCGACUAUGACACAGGCGGAGCGCGGACAAAUGACAUAUGGAAAUGAGAGGGAGCACAGAGAGAGCCUUUCAGCAGAUUAAGAUGUCAGCAUCCACGAAGGAUCCACAUGCUUCUCAAACAUGCCUGGUGAAAUGAAACAAAGACUCACAUCCUCAGAGCUUCUAGUAUGGCCCGUGUGUUCGUUUAUGGAACAUUAAAGAAGGGCCAACCCAACUACUACCGCAUGUUCGAUACCUCAAACGGCAAAACGGAAUUCCUCGGCACCGCAAAGACUGUCAAAAAAUUCCCGCUGGUCAUCGCCGGCAUCUACAACGUCCCGUAUCUCCUCAACAUUCCAGGCCAGGGCAACCAAAUCCACGGAGAGAUCUACAAGGUGGACGAGAAGAUGUUGGAAUUCUUGGAUGAUUUUGAGGGCGUUCCUACUCACUAUCAGAGGACACUGAAUACGUUGGAAGUGAAGGAGUGGGUUUCAGGGGCGGAUGGGGAGACACUGGAGCCGGGAAGCAUAACAGAAGCCUACCUUUAUAGCACCAAGACAUACAAACCAGAGUGGACCAAACUACCUACACAUGAGAACUACGAUUCCUACGGGGACCAUGGACUGAAGUAUGUGGAAAGAGAGGCACGAGAUUAGUCAAUUUAAAAAGCAUAUCUGGGUACUUGACGUUUGGGGGUGUAACAGUUUUAUCUGUCCUGCAAUGUGAGACCAAAAAUCCCCAAAUUUUCUAUAACAAAUCAGUUCUAAAGCAAUUUUUUGUGCAGCUCUUUUAAUUUGAGACAUUUGAACCUGCCCUGUGGUGUGACAUCUCCUGCCCCCUGCUGGACACUCACUAUAAAUUUUCCACAUUAAAAAAUUCUAAUAAAUUACUUAAUAUGCUCUAGUGCUAGUUUAAUAAUUAUGUAACUGUCCCAUCUUUAAUAAUAUAUUUUUUUAACAAUUAGAAGGGGAUUUUUAUCAGGAAAUACAGCCGUCACACUGCAGGAUAUCAAACCAGUGCAUGUUCAAAGUUUGUCAGAAAAGUUUGAUUUUACAAAAAUAAGAAUAUGAUCAUUAUUUCUUUUGACUUGUAUCUUAAACCUUUAAUCCCAUAGCGCCCCCUGGUGUAUAAAUGCCAGAUGAGCUCCUUCUGUUUUUUUAAAUAAGUGAUUUUUCAUGUCACACACGGCAGGACGCAUUUUAAAUUACAGCAUUAAACUGUUUAUCUUUUAUAGAUUUAAAGUAGAGAUAAAGGUGUCAUUUUAUUAAAUAACGUAAACAUACUUCUUUAUGAAAACACCUUUAUGAACUUUAAAGUGAUCACACCGAAAAUGGGCAUCACGUCAAGUACCCAUCUAUAUAUUAUCAAUCAUUUUUAAAAGAUAAUUUGGUGAAAAGGUCAAUAUUUAAACUGUAGUGAAACACGGUUCUGGGUCAAAUACUUGAAACUAUUUUUCUGUAAUUGUGACUUUCAUUUUGGCUUCUCCUUUCCAGGGCUAUCCCAGCAAAUAGUCUGCCUGCUUACGUGGACUGAUAACCAAUUGGCUUAGGGGUUAUAUCAGAUGCCCUUCCUGAUUCAACACACUCCAUUUAUCCAUGUUUGGGCAGGAGAGUUCACUGGAUUAUGACUCGAUUGGGGUGAUCCAGACUAAACUGCCUUCAUGGUUUAUCUUAUAUUUAUACACACAAAUGCAAUACAUGUUCAAGAUUUAAAAACGUAACUGUAAAUAUUCUACUAAUGUUGAUUUAAUCGGCUCUGUGCACAGUAGCGCCUGGCGACCUCACUGUUAGCGUCACUACUUCCUGUCCAGUUGUAUCUCUAUGACUUUUUUACUGAAAUUAAUAAAUAUUUAAAGAUGAGACAGUGGACAGUGACUUGACAAAUGAGCUCAAAACGUAACCGGAGGACUUGUGUUUAGAACGGCAGAUGCUCGUGUCUCGAUGCUAACGCUAAUGCUAAUUUUGAGACAUGACGAAUAUUAAAAACACCACCACAAACUGAAAUAAUUUGCAUAUAAAAAAUUGGUUCUUUUACAUGAAUUAAUUUACAGUUUACUAGGUUGUUUAUUUUAUAGUUUGUUUUUAGUAAACAUUAGCAUUAGCUUUGAUACACCGCGAGCUAGCAAGCAUGCUGCUGUCCAUAGAGCCUAUUUGAAAGGACAAUUAAUAUAAAUCCUAGUUUAAAAAAUAGUUUGAAUACACUUGUAAAUUAAAUGUGCACUAUGUAUCUUUCCUGAUGGACGUUUUGCCACUUUGCUGUCUCCAUGGUGACUGUAUUACCUUGCCAUAGGAACUUUUAAUGCUUUGGUACGGUCUUAACUCAAACAUGAAGGAUCAAAUAUCAUUACCUCACUUUUAAUAAAAAUCUAUUGAUCAG